CCUCUGACCCUCUGUCUGGACAGUGCUGAUUGGCCCUGUGCUGAUCACAUACACCCUCCCAAGAAAAAAUACCUCUCCAGCAAUACACCAAAUUGAGCAUUUGCAUGUUGAGCAAGGCUGCUGUAUCAGGUGGACAUUUCAUCAAGAGGAGGGGCAGAGAAGAAAGGAUCAAACAGCCUUUUUACAGAAUGCAGAGGAUUAACCCCUUAGGUUCCACAGUGAGUAUAACAAGCAUGCUUUACUGCAGAUACAGACUGAUUUUACUGUUGUGGGUUUAGUAACACUU